AUGGUGGUGACAAUGAUGAGUUGGCCUCCAUGGCCACCUCUCUCAUCUAAGAAAUUUGAAGUAGUUUUCAUAGUGCGCAGGCUUGAAGGGUCAACAAGUAUGGAGAAAGCUGAGGAGAAGUCCAAGGUAUCUAAGCAAGGGCCAAAAACCAGAGCUUCUGUAGCUGGUGUUACAUCAAUAAACUUAGCUGAAUACGCUCCUGCAGCUGUAGAUAAAGAGACUGAAAUUGUAGUUCCUUUGAAUGUCCCUGGCACCAAUGAUAUUACUAUUCUCUCAUUUUUUGAUGCAGUGCAAAGAUCAACUAUGUGUGUUCCUUCAUCACCCUAUUCUGUUGUUGCUCUCGCAAUAAAUAAAGAUGAGUUUACCACACUUAAAGCGGGUCUGAGAAGAGUAAAAUUCUUUGCUGAUUAUGUAUCAACUGGAAGAGCCAAGAAGGCAAGCUCCAAAGAUGAAGGAAGUGAUGGUAGGAGCUCCAACAGAAGUGAAGAUUUUGAAAAUAGGUAUACAUCGAACGUGGAUUCACUGGAUAAUGAUGCUGCAAUUAAGUCAGAGGUGAAUGAGGAGGAUUCUUGUGUGAGACAUUCAUUGAGUUAUGAGACUCUGGCCUCUGGAAACUAUGUAGGAGGAUCACCAUAUUCAGGUUCAACUAUUAAUGGUAAAGAUGAGUGCUGGAUCUACUAUAGUAGCCAAAAGUCUGAUUAUGGGGGUGCACAUGUUGAGAAUUAUAAUACAUGUGAUCAGGUUGAGCAUCAGAAUUCAAAACACCGAAUCCUUUCUUGGAGGAAAAGGAAACUUCACUUUAGAUCUUCCAAGGUGAAAGGGGAGCUACUUCUGAAAAAACACGGAGAAGAGGGUGGACAUGAUAUUGACUAUGAUCGUAGGUUGCUGAGCUCUUCUGAUGAUUACACUAGUGGAAAGUGGCAUAAAAUAGAAAAUAUCAUAACUAGUCCAUCAUUUGUUCCUGAAUUUGAGGAAAACAGUUUCACUGUAGGGAGUUGA